AUGGCGAGCAAGCGGAUCCAAAAGGAGCUGCAGGACCUACAGAGAGAUCCACCCACCUCCUGCUCUGCCGGCCCCGCCGGCGAUGACCUUUUCCACUGGCAAGCCACGAUCAUGGGCCCCGGCGACAGCCCCUACUCUGGCGGCGUCUUCUUUGUGACCAUCCACUUCCCGCCAGACUACCCCUUCAAGCCCCCCAAGGUGCAGUUCCAGACCAAGGUGUACCACCCUAACAUCAACUCCCAGGGCUCCAUCUGCCUGGACAUCCUCAAGGAGCAGUGGAGCCCCGCACUGACCAUCUCCAAGGUGCUGCUGUCCAUCUGCUCGCUGCUGACAGACCCCAACCCCGACGACCCGCUGGUCCCCGAGAUUGCACACAUCUACAAGACAGACCGCUCUCGGUACGAGGAGACUGCUCGCGAGUGGACCCGCAAGUACGCCAUGGGCUGA